AUGCAGUUCAGUCUGUUUGUUGUUGUAUCUUUGGGCUUAGCUGGGCUAACAGACACUGAAGCCAUGCGCACAUGCAGACUCAGAGAAGUAUUUGACUUGUAUGGGCUGUAUAAAGAAGGGGAUAUCAUUUUGGGUGGGAUAUUUGAAAGCCACUUUAAAACCGUGUAUCCUGAACUGUCUUUUACUGCUAAGCCUGAGCAAUUGAGCUGUGAGCGAUUUGAUAUUGCAGGAUUUCAGUAUGCACAGACCAUGGCUUUUGCCAUUGAGGAAAUAAACAGAGACCCUGCUCUUCUCCCCAACAUCACACUGGGAUACAGGCUGUAUAGCAAUUGUCAGAAUUUAGAGAUGGCUCAUCGGGCAGCAACAGCUCUGAUCAGCGGAGAGGAUGAGUCUGUCACUGACUACAGCUGUACAGGGACACCCCCUGUCUUAGCCAUUGUUGGAGAUCCUGCAUCAACACAUUCUAUCGCCAUAUCAAGAACACUGGGCCUCUUCCGGAUUCCAAUGGUCAGUUAUUAUGCCACCUGCUCAUGUCUAAGCAACAGAAAGGAGUUCCCCUCUUUCUUCAGGACUAUUCCCAGUGAUACGUUCCAGGUCAAAGCCAUGGUUCAGAUAUUCAGGCAUUAUGGGUGGACUUGGAUUGGUGUAAUUGUGAGCAAUGAUGACUAUGGGCUGUAUGCUUUGAAGCUCUUUACAGAGGAGGUUAAUAGAUUUGGCUGCAUCGCUUUCACAGAAAUACUUCCUCUCAUUAACAACAAGGCUGAGAUUCUUAAGAUCGUGAAAACCAUCAGAGAGUCAACGGCCAAAGUUAUUGCUGUAUUUCCAACAGGAGCCUAUAUGAUUCCUUUGGCUGAAGAAAUUGUUCAGCAAAAAAUCAGAGGCAGGCAGUGGAUUGCUAGUGAAGCCUGGACUGCCUCUCCUGUCUUCCACACUAAGGAGUUACUGCCCUAUUUAGGUGGGACUAUAGGAAUUGCGAUACGCAGAGGAGAAGUCCCAGGGCUGGAAAAAUAUCUCCUUCAGAUUCGCCCUGUGUUUGACCCCAGGAACAAUUUAAUCAAACUGUUAUGGGAAACAAUGUUUGAUUGCAAAUUCAGUGAAAGCUGUCAGCCUGGCACCAGGAAGGCAACCAGGAAAGGGGAGCCCCUCUGCUGUUUCGACUGUGUGCCUUGUGCAGAGGGAGAGAUCAGCAACCACACAGAUUCAAUUGAAUGUUUCAAAUGCCCCCCAGAAUAUUGGUCAAACCCAAGCAGAGAUCAGUGUGUGCUGAAGAAAGUCGAGUUCCUUUCAUACGAAGAGACUUUGGGAAUCUCUUUGACAACAGUCUCAGUAUUUGGGGCAUUUUUUUCAACUGCGGUUUUAGCUGUGUUCAUGUACUACAGGAACACCCCAAUAGUAAAAGCCAACAAUUCUGAACUGAGCUUCCUGCUGCUUUUUUCUCUAAUACUCUGCUUCCUCUGCUCAUUGCUGUUUAUUGGUCAGCCACUACACCUCACCUGUAUGCUGAGACAUGUUGUGUUUGGAAUCAGUUUUGUCUUGUGCAUAUCUUGUAUUCUUGUGAAAACCAUUGUUGUCAUCAUGGCCUUCAGAGCCACACUGCCAGACAAUAAUGUCAUGAAGUGGUUUGGUGCUGCUCAGCAGAGAGGCACUGUUUUUGUCUUUACUGUCAUCCAGGCUCUGAUCUGUAUCAUUUGGCUGAGUACAGCACCACCAGUGCCUUUUAAAAACACACAGUAUCAAAACUCAAAAAUCAUUUUUGAGUGUUAUGUUGGCUCAGUAACUGGGUUUAUUUUUCUGCUGGGGUACAUAGGCUUGCUAGCCAGUGUCUGCUUUGUGCUGGCUUUCCUUGCAAGGAACCUGCCUGAUAACUUCAAUGAAGCCAAGUUCAUCACUUUCAGCAUGCUCAUCUUCUGUGCAGUUUGGAUCGCUUUCAUACCAACGUAUGUCAGCUCUCCUGGGAAAUACUCGGACACUGUGGAGAUUUUUGCCAUUUUAGCUUCAAGCUUUGGUCUCCUCAUUGCGAUAUUUGCACCAAAAUGCUACAUUAUUGUGCUUCGUCCCGAGAAAAAUACCAAGAAAGCCCUUAUGGGGAGAGCAGCUACUAAGAAGUGAAGGUACUUUUUUUGCUGCUGAGCUCAGCA